AUGUCGUUUCUCCGCGGUCUCGGGUCGUAUGGUUUGACCAUCACCAGCACCAUUAUCGGCAUCCUUGCAGCCUCUCGCACCAACUUGGUGCCGUCCGAUCUGGGGAAACGCUCCACCGCGGCCGUCAUUCUCGCAUCCAUCUCCACAUUUGCUCUCUCCUCGAUCUCGUGGUUCUAUCACCUCCUCUCAUCGUCGCCCUCGCCGCCUUCGCUGUCCUCGCCGCCCUCGCAUCCGUCGUCGUCGUCGUCGUCGUCUCCUAUCAUGGCCGUCGUCAUACAAGCCGACCGUCCUCGCAGACCCAGCGUCGCUGGCGACCUCUUCGCCAAAUUGCCCACUGCCGUCAUUGUCAAGAUCUUCGAGACUAUUGACGACAACUCCAAGCGCGACAUCUGUAGCGUGUCCCGACUGAAUCGUCGCUACCACACCUUGGCCGAUGCCGUUCUCUACAAGACGGUCCACUUUCUGACACCACAGUUGCACUUUAUCUUUGGUGAAUCCCUCAGCCGCCGACCUCGUCGUGGAUCGGCGAUUCAUGAGAUCAAGCUCGCCUACCCGGCAUCGCAGCUUUCCGACAUGGUCUCUCGGCUCCCAGUCAAUGGCACUAGGAAUUCGUAUGACAGGUCUUUGCCCUUUGACAGCUUGUCCAGCACAAUCUCCAGAAUGUCCAACCUCGUCACUCUGGAUAUUGCUGUCCCCAACGCCUUGCUGCAUGGCAUCGGACAGCUUUUCAAUGGCCCGUUUGAUUUGGCUUGCCUCCAAACAUGCAGGCUCUUCUACCAGUGCCCAGGUGAUGAGUUUUGGGACCUCCGGGAGAACAUCCACAUCUUUGCUCAUCCGACCCUGGAGACUCUUGUGCUUCGAAAGGCUCGCCUAGGCGACAAGGCGUUCGAUCUGCCUGAACGGCCCGAAGAGACCGCUCUCAAAAGGUUGCAUUUGAUCGACUGCGACAUCAGCGAUGAUGGUCUAUUUGACCUGAUGCAUUAUCCAGCCGCGUUGACAGAGUUUGUCAUGACUCAAUCCCCUGAUCAAGAGGCAGACCUGGAGGAGACCUCAACCAGCAUCAGAGACUACAUCAUCGCAAUCGAGCCGCAAUGCAACUCCCUAGAGACCAUCACGAUAGACCACGUCUUGUUGCGAGAUCGUCGAGCACUUUCCCUCAGAGGAUUCGCCAAACUGAAAACCCUCCGCCUCAACUGGGACCACCAAUUAUUUGGACACUCCUCAAAGAGAGCGCGUCUCACUUCCGUGGGCAUGCCGCCUGAGCUCGAGACGCUGGAAUUCUUCAAUCAGUUGGGUACUGACGACGAGGUCACAGAUCUCUUCGUGGCGAUGCUCCAGAACCUCAGCGUCAUGGCUCGCAAACUGACACAUCUGAUUGUCAUGGAAAGCGAGGAGGACGAAAAGCCAGUCCCCAAAGCAGUCGAGGAGGCGUGCAAGUCACAGCCACAGCUGCGCGUGGACAUAAUUGGGAGGAUGGACACUGUGGACUGCGGAGAUGAUGAAGAACGCGAUGGAUCGAAAUCCGAAUGA